CGAGGCAGUUCGGUAGGGAACUGGCGAACGUGAAAAGAAGGAAAUAAAGCGGCAAGCAAAAAGCAGAGUCUUAAGCGAUUGUUACAAUCGAUGAGAGGUAGAUAGCUAAUUACGUUAAUGUUACACGUCUCGCAAAGAACAUCGAGGUUUAUUGUUUAUCUUAGAGGGAAGCUCGAAGGUCUUUUAUAGCAAACUUAGCUGACGUUAGCUUGCUCACUGGCUUUCUUCCGCAGGGUUUUCUCGCCUACGUUUCGCUUGUGGAGCCGAUCGAAAAUAAUUACACAGAACAUCUUGAGUUAAACAGGAAAAAUGGCUUGUAUUUCAUCGUUUGACCUGGAUUCCACUUCUUAUUUCUGCUUGUCCUCCUCGUCUAGUUUCUGCUUUCUUUCUCUCCCUGUGGCAUCCGUCGUAACGAAGCAUACUACUCAAAAUAAGCCUGGUCACCCUCAGCGAAAUGACACCAAUAUGAACGCCGCGAUCGCCGGGAACAACAUGGAUGAUGAUGUGCACUGGGUUACGAAGAGAGCUAGCCGGUAUGUCACCCUGGGUGAUUGCUAAACGAAAAUGGACAUUCUGGUGGCUGAAAAACCGAGGAGUGGGGUGCAAAUUACGGACAAUGGUCUGAACUGCAACCGAGGACCAGGUUAGCUGUAACUGCAUGUUUAGGUAGCUAGCUAGCGAGCUGUCAUAGUAUUAUUUUCACAAGGUUGUGAAAUCUCGAUAGGUGGGGGGCUAGUUAGCUAUCAAGUUAGCGAGGGAGCUACGGAAGAAAUAUUUAUUUUAUUUAACUAAUUCAGAAGGAGUAUAUCAUAUUUAGAUAUCUGUAUAUUUUUUAUUUUUGCACUCGUAACGCUAGCUAUCCCCAGUAAGAUUAGCGGGAUAGCUAGCUAGCUAACUUGAUUUUCUCAUUUUUAUCCCGAAUGCACGUGCCAGCGAAACAUAUGUGGUCUAUUUUUUUAAAACCAACUGUAGCCACUGCUUGGGUCUUUUGUCAGUUUCCUUAGGGUUGAAUCUAAAAAGUCAGGAUGUUUAGGGGUAUCAAUUCAGAGGGACUGUAUUCAAAAGAGGACGCUUCGCCGGCUACGCGAGCCGGCCUUAGCGUGACCUCCCUCAGACAUAGUAACCAGGAGAGCUCGUGGAUUGGUAUUCUCUCCGUGGUUUCUAGGCCUGCGAUCUCUUUCUUGCAAAAGUAUUUACCGGGAAGAUCUCGGACGUCUCCUCCGUCAGAUGGUGUAUCUGGCUGGGUAAAUGGAGACAUUAAAAGAAACUUCAACGGGGAAAAUGCGUUUUUACAACAGCUUGAUUUUAUGCCUGCUGCCGAACACCAUCUUACCUACCUACACUACCAGCAUGAAGCUGCUGCUGGUUUUGGCGCUUCGACGUCGGAGCCUCUCAGUUGGCUGAGCGCUGACUCUCUCCGAGAGUUAGGAAUUCACAGUAAUGCCGACUUGGAAGUAAAUAUGAGACAGCAAACAUCUCCAGUGGGAUAUCUCGCAGCAGUGAAAAAUUUCCUUAGUCAAGUUUUGGUGAACGCAGUUUCAGUGCAGGAUGUAAGAAGUGCAGAACACGGGCAAGGCUUAGGCAGGGACGGUUGGCCGUCAGACUCAGUAGCUGCGCGAGUAAAGAGCAACUGGUGGUGGGGUGGCAUUUGGGGAUCUGAUGACAGUUCCCAAGGAUGGCUGUCAAAUUUGUCAUGGAGAGCAUGUUCGGGGGCAUCAGCUCAGCAUUGUGGACAAAAUGACAGCGGUAGCCACUGUCAGCACGCAGAGACUGGUGCUGCGGCCGGCGUUGCCAAGCCAACCGAACUGUUUGAACAGCGCGACUAUGGACAGUCAAUGCACGUCGAAAACGCUGGACCCUCCUGUCACAAAGGACAGCCAGAUAGCAGUAGCUCUCAAAGGGCCAGGCCAGAAUCUCUUCCGAGCACAGAAAAGCCUCUGUUAGAUUAUCAGCCUAUUUGUCACCACCUUGUCAGCGCAAGAGCUGCCACCGCCUGCAGUGAGGUGGCGGUUCUUACCCCAGACCAGGACAAUGGCUACUCUAGUUUGGAGGAAGAGCACUCAAACUCCAGGAUGCACAUAGUGGAGCCUCCCUGUCCUGAGCCGGGCUGUUCGGAGGCCAGAGAAGGGACUGAGGAGCCAGUGCGUUCCGGAGAGGGUAGCGAGAGCGAGGAGGCAGGUGCGGAGCUCCCAGAUCUGGAGACCGGCUCCGUCGGGAGAGAAGUGGGAGAAGAAGAGGGAUCGGAGAGCUCGGACCUCUCGGACUCUGAGGAGGACGCGGAGCCGGAGACCCCGUCCCAGCCCUUCCUGCAGACGCCCAUGUGCCAGAACAAGGUCAUCGCCUACAUCAUGGGCAGCCCCUGCAGUGAAGACAGCGAGUCAGAGCCCGGGGAAGACAGCGACUGGGGCAGCGAGGACGACGACGGCUUCGACAGCGAGGGCUCGUCCGACUUCUCCGACUCGGAGGACCUGAACGAGGAGGAGGAGGAGGAGGAGGAGGGAGAAGAGGGGAAGGAGUCAGACACGGAGGAGGCAGACGCCGAAGUCGAGCGGCUGUGGAACUCGCUGUGCCAAAGCAGGGACCCCUACAACCCCCGCAACUUCACCGCCCCCCUCCAGACGGCGCCCCGCCCGAGCGCUCCCGCCGUGGAGCCGCAGCGGGGCGACGGGGCCCGGGCGGAGACCCCCUCCACCCCCGCCUCCACCCCCCUCAGCUCCCCGUCCUCCUCCCCCAGGCCCCUCGUGCUGGAAGAGGAGUCCUGGGAGGAGGCCAGCGAAGCGGACGAGGCAGAGAGCCUGAGGCUGUGGAACUCCUUCAGCUCCGCGUCGGACCCCUACAGCCUCCUCAACUUCCAGGCCCCCCUCAGGACUCGAGAGGCAGCGAGAGGCUGCGGUCGGAGGCCGCCCCCCUCGUCCCGCCGCGUGAGGCUGGAGGCAGAAGAGCGGCUCGACAGCGGCUUCUCCGAGGCCGCCCCCACCUCAGACCAGAUCGGCGCCAGCUGUGCCAAGCUGAGAAAGGUGAGGUUUGUGGAGGAGGUAGAGGAGUUCUAUGCCAGCAGUGACGAAGACCGGCGGGGCCCGUGGGAGGAGUUUGCCCGCGACCGCUGCCGGUUCCUUCGCCGCGUGCAGGAGACAGAGGACGCCAUUGGCUACUGCCUGGCCCCCACCUUCCGCCUUGUGAUCUUUGAGAGACUGUACCAGAGUUGCUGAGUGUUACUUUUUUGUUGUUUUGAUUUGUUUAAUUAACAUGAAUUAAUAACAAUGGGGAAAAAAAAUCUUCGUAGAUUCAUUCAGGGUGACAAGAGGCCAGAAACAUACCGGUAGCUCAAAGUCUAAGGGCUCAUUAGUCAUUAUCCAAGGAAACUUGCCUGAACCAGGCGAACAUUUCACUUGAGUUGUAUGUUAACAGUACUUCUCUGUGGUGAUCUGUGGUGUGUUGACCGGAAUCCGGAAUGGUAUAUGUUCACAGCCCCCACCCUCACCCCCACCCCACUUUGUGUGUAGCUCACACUGCUAUAAUACUGUCAAUCUUUUUUUAUUUUCCUUUUUUUAAAUAACCACCUCUGCUACUCUGUAGAAACGAUCCAGGCAACAACCUCUGCAUUCUAUUUCAUGCUAAGUUCAUUUAACCUGUUCUUCACCCCCCAGUAAAAGGGUUUACCACAGGAGCCAGAAAAUACAUAUUGCGGGAUGUGACACUCCUCAUUCCUGCAGGAUUAGUCCAGAGCAUGUUUUUUGGAGUGGAAACCUCACUUGUCCCAGGGUAGGUAUUGGGGUUUACAAGACCACUCUCUGCAGAUGAAUAGUAUUGGUUUGACUGUUGGUAGGGCUCAGGCUCUACCAUACAUGCACUACCAUAAUUGGGUACUAAUCCUGUCAUUUUAAUCUAAACCGUACUGGCAGAGUAUUGGGAUCAAAUGCAGUGGCGCGAGUGAAGACUUCCCCAUUGCCUUCAACUGAUAAGGUGAUUAAUUCGAGAACACCAGAUGUAUUUAUAGUUGUAUUAACUGUAAAGCCAAAGAUGAAGCACUUGCGGAAUCCCAGAAACUAUACUUCUUAUUCCUCAGUAUUUUAAUGUGCGGAAAGCAGGGGAGUGUGGCUCCAGCCUUUCACAGUAAUUAACUUCUCCCUUUGUAGCUCGGCUCUGCUUAAAUACGAACGCGCUAUAUAUACACGUAUUCUUAGCCUGGGUUCUGAGCAGAGCUUAUUUCAUCAUCUAUUUGUGUGCGUGGGUGAUUAUCGGUAAGGGGUCUAAGUGACUUUAAAACAUUUGCAUGAACCUGUUCUUGAGAGUCCCUCAUUUUCACCCUUAACAGUCACAUACAUUUAAUUCAUUCUUCUGUGUGGUACUUGCAUUGUGAUGGUAUAUAUAUCCAGGGGACUUGUUUCGCGGUCUGCCAUGAUUGGAGCAGACGUGGUCACAUGGGGGAGACCUCCAGCGUGAGGUGGACUGAAAAAGGAGCACACCGUUCUGGAAACCUUUUAGUCUUUAGGAGAUUGAUAUGUUUGAAUAUUAUCGCAGCAUAAAACUAAUUGAUGUUGAGUCAGUACUAUUACAUU